AGUUUUGAUUGACAAAGCGAAUGCAUGGACGUAAGUUCGUCUUGUUUUUGUAGUGAUUAUGUUUUGAAAAAGAAUGACUAAAAGGCGUAGUUGUUCACUAAAAUAACUCUUUUGUAGUGGCUUCGGUAAAUAAGUGAAAAAUACAGUGCAAGUGUUACAAUAGGAAUAAAAGUUGUGCGUUUAUAAACAAUAUGGAGGUAUUUGUUUAAUUCCAAGAACUGUGUGUUAUUUUCUGUUUGGCGAAACGAAGUUUUUACAUAAUAAAAAUGGUUCCGCUAACGAUCGUAGUACUGAUAUUAGGAACAUUACUAACAGUAAGAGGAGAUCAAUGUGAGGAUGUCGAUCGUAGCAAGUGCGUCUGUUAUCCGGGAACCGAUUACGAAUAUCAGUGCCCACCUUCCUCACCUCAAAGUUAUUUAAUCCAUGCCCAACCUGACGAAUAUUUGCAUAUUGAUUGCUAUGGCAUAAAAAACUUUGACACUGACCGAUUGCCCAAUUACGUUGCAGGAAACACAACUUACAUUAGAAUGAGAUAUUGUCCUUGGCCGGAGGACAAUUUUCAAGCUCUAUUAAAAAAAUUUGGGAUUACAGCAGUCAAAAUUUUAUAUUUUGAUGAACUUUUCUUGCCACUAAAUUCUUCAGCACAAACUGUUUCAAAAGAAAUCUUUAAAGGGCUAACUAAUUUAAAUGUUUUAACUCUAGCUCGCAUAUCGAAUAAGCUAGCUGAUGAUUUACUUACAGAUCUGCCAGAAUUAUCCGAAUUUUACUUAGAAAGCAGUAAAGUAAUAAAAGAAUUGCCAAAUUUUUAUAUACCUUCAACGGUAAAAAUAUUACAUAUUGUGAAAAACCAGUUUACCAAAGUGCCUAAAAAUGUGUUUCAAAAUUUAACUGGCUUAGUACAGCUUCAUUUGUGGAGAAAUAAUAUUAGCAGUAUCGCAAGAGAUGACUUUAAAGUGUUAAAACGAUUGGGUUCUCUGGAAUUGAGCGUUAAUCACAUCAGUGAGAUAGAAGAAGACAGUUUUGCUGACCUCACUCAACUUAAAACUAUAAAUCUGGGACAUAACCAACUACGUAACCUUCAUCCACUGAUUUUUAAGCAUAACACAAAAUUGGCUAGUAUCAGAUUGGAGCAUAAUCCGUUCUUGAUUUUACCAGAACGAAUAUUUGCUGAUUUUCCAGAACUAUCCAUUAUUAAUAUAAGGAAUACAGGCGCAGCUGUUCUUAAUGAUAAUAUUUUUGCAAAUUCUUCUCAAAUAACUAAACUGUAUUUGCAAGAAAACAAAAUUCAAGAGUUAUCAUCUAAUGUAUUUAAGGGCUUAAAGAAAUUGAACACAUUAGAUAUAAGCAAAAAUCUAAUAAAGUCUCUUAACGAGAAUUUAUUUUCUGAUUUAGUUGCGUUAGAGACUAUCAAUCUAGACUUUAAUAGCAUUACUAAUAUCUCCAAGGAAGUAUUUUCAAGAACAAAAAAUUUGGCGAAACUCACAUUAAGACAUAAUAAUCUAGAGUAUAUCGAUACACGUGCAUUUGUUCAAUUAAACCAACUAAAAACGUUAGAUUUGUCAUACAAUAAGUUGACUUUAGUUUAUAUACCCGGGACAUCACCUAUUCCUUCUUUGCUCUCACUAGAAACACUCAAUUUAAGGCAAAACCAAAUUAAAGAUUUUCCAGAUCUUGGCCAUUUACAAUAUCUUCAGAAUGUAGAUAUGAGUUAUAACCAACUGCAAAAACUUAACGUUGAAGAUAUUGUCGUGAACACCAGACAAGCGCUAAGUUUUGUUGAUUUAAAAAACAACAAAAUUGAAGAAGUAGAUUUUGGAGCAAUGGAAUUGCAAUAUAAGUAUAUUGAAAAAUAUUCUCCCAAUAAUAAGUACCUUCAAAUAAAAGUAGAUUUGAGGAAGAAUCCUAUAUUGUGUGACUGCUCAGUCUACAGUUUAGUUCGCUAUUACAAAAAUGACAUGGAUCCAGUGGUCCGCUCACGAGUAGAUCUCGAAAUAAAUGGAAUUGUUUGUGAUAAAUCUACCAUGUAUGAAGAUAUACUGGUGGCUGAACUUAAACCAGAUGAUAUAUCGUGUGUGGUGUCUAGCAUAAUAUGUCCGAAGGAGUGUUUCUGCUUAUGGAAUCCACAUUCAGAUUUUGUUCAUGUCAAUUGUUCAAAUAGAAAUUUGACAUAUUUCCCAAGAUUAACAAUUCCGGAAAACAAAAUCAAACUUGAUUUGGAUAACAACUUCAUUGAAGGUGGCCUUAAUUCUACUAUGGGAUAUGAAAAUGUUACGGAAUUAAUUUUAUCAAAUAAUCGCAUCAAAGACUUAAAAUGGAUACCUAUGCGAAUUGAGAAACUCAACUUAACGUACAAUAGCCUGACACACAUUGACCCUGAACUUUUCAAAAUUAUUAACACAACAAAGAGUUUAAAGAAAUUGGAAUUGGCUUAUAAUCCUUGGUCAUGCGGAUGCUCUGCUUUUGAUCUACAAUUGUUUCUCCAAAAUCGUUACACAAUAGUAAAACCAACAGACGUGUUUUGUCAGAAGGAAAAGCAGUAUCUAGUUGAAAAAGCUGAUCUGUGCAAACCAUCUUCAGCUCUCAUUCUGUCGAUAGUAUUCCCGGUUGUAGCCUUCCUGAUUUUAACAAUAGUAACACUAGUAUUAUACAUUUAUUACAGGCAGGAAGUAAAGAUUUAUUUAUAUGCCAAGAACAUCUGUUUAUGGUUUGUUACUGAAGAGGAGCUUGACGAAGAUAAAGAAUAUGAUGUCUUUUUAAGUUAUGCACAUCAAGAUGAAGAAUUUGUCCUUCACAAUUUACUUCCAGUUCUACAGCCACUCAGAACUUGCAUUCACAUUAGAGAUUGGAAACCUGGCGAGAUGAUAAUGACAAAUGUUGAGUAUUCCGUUAUGAAUUCUAGAAGAACCCUUGGUUGUUCUCUCGAAUAACUUCUUAGACAGCGUUUGGGGCAUACAAGAAUUUAAAACUGCACAUACUCAAGCUAUUAAGGAAGGACGUGCUAGAGUGAUCGUUGUGAAAUAUGGCGAACUUGAUCAAAGCAGGUUGGAUGGAGAUAUAAAGGCAUAUCUAAAUACCAACACACUACGUAGAAUGGGGAAAACCGUGGUUCUGGAAUAAGCUUAAUUAUGCUUUACCUCACCGUCAAGAAAAAGGAUUCUGCAGGUCAAAUAAAAAACACGCUAGUAUCAUGUUAAAGAUUGAUGAAAAAUUUGUUCUUACUAAUCCUCCGGUGAACCACGCUGAAAGCACUCCCCCCGUUAUAAACUUUGGACCCGGCUGUACUUAAAAAUCAUCCUUUAAACUUUCAAAAGAGUGACUUACACAUUUCUUCCUCUGAAACUCCACUAGUUGUUAGUGUGUGAUUGAUUUUUGUCUCGUUUUGUGCCAAUCGAAUAAAUAGGAUAGAUAUAGACUAUGACUCAAUGUAAAGAGUCCAGACAGAUGGUUUGAAUGUGAUGAAAAGUGCUCAUUUACCUCUCAUUGUAAAAAAAUGUCGAUCAUGAUAAAUGUACAAAUUUAUUGCAUAAAUACUUAUAAGC